GCGCUGAACUUCUCCAUCGACUGCCCAUGUUGGGUUUAGCACGUCAGCCAUCAUUCACAUUCACAACCUUAAUUGAACCUGAUUCGUGGGCAUAGGUGGGGGGUCUUGAGCAUCAUUUGUUGUUUUUGUUAUCCGAACUUGAUAUCAGCAGCUCCUGCCACCACCAUGCUGCACAUGUCUGCUGAGAUACGGAGGAAUGAGGAUUUCCUCUUUCCAGAGGGUUGCGAGAUUGCGAGAACAGAAUGCUCUAAUCUAAUAGGGGACAUGUACCCCGACUACAAAUCGAUAUAUUAGACUCUGCAUCCCCGUUCGAUAACCAUGGAUAACUUUCAAGCAAGAGGCUCAAGAUAUUAUAAAGAUUUAGUAGACCGAGGAUGAAUGUCGACCAAAUGGACGGCAUUACAGUUAAAACAGACGUUCGGUACGACAGCACUGGCGACCAGAAAUCGAUCUCCCCGCACGAUGCAUUAUUAUUGUCAAUGGGCAAGGCUCCCGAGCUGAAGCGAGUAUAUAAUUUCUGGACAUUAUGUGCCUGUAUGUUUCCACAUUUUGAUCCGCAGGUACACCUCUGACAUGCCGAAGACCAAGUCAUGAUGAUGUGCAGCUGGUCCUGCAACGUCGUGCUGUACUCAACAGUCUUCGAUAUCGGAGGCCCAAUGGCAAUGGUUUGGGGAACUCUUAUCGUCGCUAUCGGGCAAACCCUUCUCAUGACCUCGCUGGCCGAAUUUUGUUCCAUUUGGCCAACAGCAGGUGGUCAGCAGUAUUAUACCCAAGCUCUAGCCACAGGAAAGUUUCGACCUUUCCUUUCGUACCUCGUUGGAUGGGCUGUUCUUGUUGGAGAAAUUUCCACCGGCUCAUCGUGCGCUUUGAACUCUUCACAAGUAAUCGCAAGCUUCGUCGAAGUGACGCAUCCAGAAUUUGUCUGGAAACCUUGGCUUACUUGGGUGGUGUACUCAAUCUUCUUUAUUGGUCCCAUUGUUCAGAAUCUCGCACCAAAGUAUCUUCCAGCACUCAAUGUGUUCGGAGCUUUCUGGACGAUUGGCGGAGGUCUCGCUUGGGCGAUCAGCUUUCUCGUUCUAGCACCGAAGAAGAGUGGUGGCUUCGUCUUCAAGAUGUUUAUCAAUAACACUGGGUACGCCAGCAGGCCCUGGGUGUUUAUCCUGAGCCUUUAUACGCCGAUGUACGGACUCUAUGGAACGGAUGGGAUGAUGCACCUUGUUGAAGAAAUGCGGGAUGCUUCUCGUCAAGCACCACGAGUCAUGGUAUGGUCCAUGAUAUUCUGCAGCAUUACGUCCUGGGCUAGCGCUAUCUUAAUGCUGUUUUGCGCCGGGGACUACGAAACUUACAUGCUGGCUUCACAGCCCUACAUGAAUUGGUUCAUGGACAUCUAUCACAGUACAUAUGGUGGCGGUGUCUUUUGUGCUCUCGUCAUGAUCGGACUGAAUUAUUUCAUUGUGGUUGGUACAAAUACCGCGGGUUCUCGUCUCGCCUGGAGUAUGGCGAGGGACCGAGCCUUCCCCUAUUCUUCCUAUUUCGCGACUGUUGACAAGCGCUUUGGCAUUCCUCUGCGCGCCAUGAUCGCCAUUCUAGUCAUCGAUCUGAUCAUUGGCCUCAUAGUACUCGGUUCCGACUAUGCUUUCCAGGCCAUCAUUUCAGGAGGUGGUGUCACUUUGCAAGUGGGAUACGUCACUCCAAUCAUCAUCGUCCUUGUUCGAGGACGCAAGAUCUUACCAGCCCGCCCAAAUUUCGAUCUCGGAAGUUGGGGAUAUCUGAUCAACGUCAUCUCCGUAUGCUGGUGUAUGCUGGUCGCUGCUGAUGAUUGUUAUGUUCAGUUUCCCGAUGUACGUUCCGGUCAACGUGGUGAAUAUCUCGUACAUGAACUGGUCUAUACUGAUUGUUGGCGCGACUAUCAUCUUUCCAGGUAUGUGGUGGAUAUGGAAAGCGAGACAUGUUUACAUCAAGGACGGCAACUCUGUGCUGGAGGACAAUGUCGUUGUGAUCGAGGGUGUGGCGGAGCCUGCCAAGGAAGUGGUCAUUCAAUUGUAGCAUAGCGGUCAUUGAAUAUAUGGUCAACUCAGGCUACUAGCUCACCUUUACACGAGAGGCGAAAUACCGUUUUGAUUUCAAUCGUCAAGUUGGGGUAAAAGUCAAGCGUUGUUCCUUCCGGUUCAAAUCUCAGCCUCUCCUCUUCCUUCUUUAAUCCAGUGGUAAGAAGAUCUAAACAACCCAAAAAGGCUUUUCGUCAGUGAAGUGUCUUGGAAAAGC